AAAUUAUUCAUGAAAAGACAUAGCAUUGGAAAAAAAUUUCGUAAAAUAAAAGCUUUGAAGAAAGCUGAUCCAAAUGCAAUAGUUCCUGAAGUACCAUAAUAAUUACAGGAAUAUAUUAAUUAACUAAAUUCAAAGGGAUUGAAGACAAACAAAGUUGAAUAUGCAAUUUUUUAAACAAAAAAUGGAUUGAAAUAUCCUGGUUUGAUUGGUACUUAAAAUUAGUAUAAUAGCUACGGAGGCAAUAAAACCAAAUGAUACACUUGUUACUUUACCAGUAGAUUAAUUAUUAACAACGAGACAUGCAUUUGAAUCACCAUUAAAGAAAAUAUUUAUGGAAUAUCCAUAAAUGUUUAGUCCAAAAUUCUUACUAUAAUGGGAAGAAUAUUAAUUCCUAACAUUUUUACUAUAUGAAUAUUAGAAAGGUAAAGAAUCUUAAUGGUAUUUGCUAAUUUCUAAUUUACCAAGAGAGAUUGAUAAUUUAGUAUUUUGGAAGUCAGAAGAUUAAGCCUUAUUAAAAGAUAAAAAUUUAAUCAGGGCAGCUCAUAAAGUUUAUCGAGAUUUUAUGAUUGCUUUUAAUACUCUUAAAUAUAUAUCAGAUAAAAAUCGAGAUCUUUUUAAACCUGAAACAGUAACAUUAGAAAAUACUAUUUGGCUUUACACACAUAUUCAUUCAAGAUGUUUUGGAGGUUAAGGAUUGAAAUAUACUACUAUGGUACCAUUUUGUGAAUUGUUUAAUCAUGAAUAAGUUGAUGUGUGUUAUGAUUUUUAAUAUAAGGGUUAACCUUCAAGAUAUGAUGAUUAAUUUAUGUAUAAGAGAGUAGUUAAAGGAUAAGAGAAUGUUGAUGCUGAUGAUUUAUCACUUUCCUCUUCUGAAAAUUCAUAAGAUUCAUAAGAUGAUAUUAGUGAUUCUGAUUUUUUUACUAGUCAAUAUUUGGAAUAUGAAGAAUUUGAUUUUGAUGAAUUUAAAUAAUUUUCUACUCAAAGUUUUCAUAAAAAUUUAACUAAAAAUUCUGAAAUAAAACCAUUAUCAAAUGAAUCAUAAGAAGAAUAUUAUUAAAGAAUUAAAAAUCAUUAAGAAUUAUAAAAUAAACAAAGAAAAGAAUUUAUUAUUAAAUUACAAAUUUAAUAAGAUGUUUUCUAAUUAGCUAUUGAAUGUAAAUCAUUUUUAUUCAAAAAUAUUGAUUUUGGAGAUAAUAUUUCAAUUAUAUUUUUAGGUUAAGUCUUUCAUUUAUUAGAUUAAACUCUUAAUGAAUAUUUUACAGAUGAAAAAUCAUCAGCUAAAGCAAGAGAAGAAUUUAAAAAAUUAAAAAUAACUAUUACUAUUUAUAAAGAAUACUUAUACAAUUUUCUAAAUGUAAUCAUGAAAAAACCAAUUUAAUAAGAAAAAAUACCAUUAUUUGCUUAAAAAAUUGGUCGUAAAAUAACAAGAGGAUUUGAAAAUUUGUAAUAAGUAUUAGCUCAACCAGUUGAUAGAAGUAUUAAAUACUAUCCUACUAAUUGGGAAAAAGAUACUUUUUAAAAUUUUUUAAUGAGAACAAGAGAUCCUUUCGAAAAAGGAUCUUAAGUAUACUUUUGUUAUAAUCGAUUAUCAAAUAGAACAAUGCUCAUGAAAUAUGGAAUGGCUUUAGAAUAUAAUAAAUAUGAUAAUGCAUUCCUAAGAGUUGAAUAUUAUAAGUAUCUUUAAUUAAAUGAAGCUAAAUGGAUAGUACAUAGAUUUUAAUUAAAUAAAUUCAAAAGAUUCAAAUUAAAAUUUACAGCUCCUCCUUAUGAUUUAAUCGUAUUUUGUAAAUCAGUUUAUUGGUAAAUUAUAACAUAUAUUUUAAUAUAGGACUUUAAAUUAACAUUCUGUAGAUACACUUUUUAAAAUUAAGGAUUUAUAAUUAGAAAAAAAAGCAUUAUCUUUGGCACUUCAAAUAAUAAUUGAAGAAAAUGCAAAAUUUAAAGAAACAAUUGAAAACCUCUAGGAAUAAUUGAAUGAUGAAAGCAUAGAUUAUCAUGAAUAUUUUGCGAUUAUUUAUAGAUUAGAAAGACUUAGAAUUUAUCGUCACAAUAUAAGGUAAUUUAAUUUAUUUAAAAAGUCUUUUCAAUAUAUGUAUUGUGGUUGUUGAUAGACUUUUGAAAGGAGUUCUUUUUGAAUAAGCCAUUCUAUAAACUGAAUUUGAUGGAGACUUUUACCAUACAUAUCGUUAUAUAUUAAGGAUAUAUUUUGAAUAAAUCAAAUUAGCUGUCUAAUAAUCAAAAUGA